GUCGUCAGGGCGCAGGCUGGCGUCCGGGCGCCGGGCUCCGUGGCUCACCCGUCUUCUUGCCGCGGUUUCCGGGCGUGGGGCGGCCUUGGCGCCGGAGGAGCAUCAUGUGAGUGUUUUUACCUGACUGACAACAAGUAUGGAGAUAAAAUUAGAAGUUUUGACAUCAACAAGUAUCAAGCAGAAAAAGCCUUGGCCACGAGUCUCCUGGUUGGGACAGGAAAAUGAAGGUGUUUUUCUUUUGGAUAAUAAAUUCAUAAAUGAAAUUAAUUUGCUAUCAGGAAGGACAAAGAAGAAGAUUCCUAGUCUGCAGCCUUUGUUGAAGGAUGUUACUGUCCUCACAACAUCCAGUAACAGUGCCUGGCUGGCUGGGGUGCUUGCUACAGGGGAGCUUUUCAUUUGGAACAAAGAUCAAGAUUGUUUGAAAACCAUACAAGUAGCUGAAAAACCUAAGGAAGUGAUUAAAGCUACAACGGCAUGCUCUUUGAGACUGUACUUGUAUGUAUCUGGAAAUGGGAAAAGAAUUCUGCUUGUGACACUUUCUGGAUGCAUAUUUCUUUGGGAGUAUUUGGAAUCCCCGAGUAUCUUAUCUUCUAAAUGCCUUUCAUUGGUGGGUCAGUGGUCCCAGAUCAGACCUGAAAAAACAGUUCUUUUGCCUUCCCCUGAAGAUAAAGAAGCCAUAGUGAAUGCUGUUUUUGUAAAAAAUGAGCUAUUUGGAGACUGCUGCCUGUGUUCAUUUAGCUUUUAUUCUGGGGAAUACCUGAAGCUAGCAUUUCUUGCAAUUCGAUGGCAAGAAAAUGUGUUUACACCUAUAAGAUUAUUGCCAUACCGUGUCUGUUGGGCACAACGAGACUGUGCCCUGUGCAGUCUAAUUCCUGAGUGUGAAGCAGUGAAGUCAAGAGGAGCUCUCAUCUCUGCCUUUUCAAGAGAUGGCCUGACACUGGCAGUAACUCUUAAUCAGAAAGACCCAAAGGCAACUCAGGUAUUAUUUGUAAACACAGUGAAUUUUGUUACUCACUCUGGUAGCCUUAAAGGAUGUAGUAAUAAGAAUCCUGUUGUUCCAACUUCACUUGUCAGGUCCUACUGGAUAGGUGAUAUCAGCUGGACUCAAGAUAGUCUUUUUCUGGCUUGUAUAUUAAAACGUGGCUCCUUGGUUUUACUGACGUGUCAAGGUGAAUUGCUAACGUUAAUUACGUUUGGUUGCUCCAUAGAAUUUGGACCAGCAGAAUUUAUUCCUCUUCAUCCUCUAAUAACAUAUAGACCACAGCAUUUUCAAGAGUCAAAGAAUUCUGUAGAUUCAUCAGCUUCUGAUAAUGACCCUAUGAGACAGAAAUUUUCUGUAAACACACACUCACGGUUACCCUACCUCAUUGUUUCUGAUGGAUACAUGGUCACAACCCUACGGUUUCUUGAUAAUCUGUCUCCAUCCAUGCUCAUGAGAUCACUACUACUUGACUCAACCCAGAGGCUUGAGACAGCAUACCAAAGUGUGUUACGGUCUAAGCCAAAAGGCAAAGGGCUGAACUUAAGAUCACUGGAUUCCCUAAGGUCUAGCCUGUUAAAACACCAAGGAAAUGAACGUCCAGCUGAUUCCUCUGUCCCUAGAUUUUUGCAGGCAAACGAAACAGGGAAGGUGAAUGAAGAGACGGCAGAUUGUCAGGAUUUUGAAGCAGAGGAAACAAAUGAAGGCAAAUAUUUUCCAAACCAGUUCUUUACCUUUUCAAACAAAAAGAAUGAUGUGCUAUUUAGUAGUGUCAAGGAAGGAAGAUUGGAGUUUGCAUCUAUGUUUGAUACAAUACAUGCAAAGGAUGAUACCAAGGAGGCAGACAGAACCAUUACAGAACUGCAUUCCAUCCAGAAAAAUCUACUUGCAGCAUGGACAAUAGGAAUUUCAAAAGAUGUGACAGAAAAAAAUUUAAUGUUGAAUUAUACAGUGGUUUGUAUUACUCAUUUUUUCUACAUUCUUCAGUUUGUAAAAAGUCCUUUACCUAAACUUGAUCCUUUUUUAAGUGAGAACUCAAGACAUAACACAUGGGUACUUGGUACCUUUCAGUUUUUUCUUCAGUGUUUAUCAGUCCAGUACUGGGAUGUGAGAUACAGACAAGAUGUGGGAUAUUUGAUAAAGCUGACCUCAAAUACUUUAAGACUUUUGCUGGAUCAGCAACAAAAGGGUCAGUUAUUCUCAGAGAAACUUUUAGCCUGUUUUUAUUUACUCAGAAUGGUAACCGACAGUUUAAAUGGUAUAUACAGUCUUCAGCCUGAAGUUACUUCAGCAUCAACCGAUGGAAAUAGAGCAGCAGAUCAAGACUCACUGGUGGUGCCUGUCUUUCAAAUGUUUCAAGAACGUAGCUCUGAUGGAAACUGGUCAUGGAAGUCAUCUUUCAAGAUUCAUCCUCAAGUAACGAACCUUGUUCACCAGCCAGGACAUAGAUUGGUUGUUCUGUGGAGAUUGUUGUACCAGAAAACUAUAUGGUAUCAAACACAAUUAGGUGGAAGAGUUCCAGAAGGUGACAUACAGUUCACUGAAAAGAUGGCGCACGAAGCGUCUACUGUCAAGUUCUUGUUGUGUCAUAUACAGGCCAACUUACAGACUGCUGGAGACUGCUUGAACCAAACCUUAGAACUGAAACCUAUCAAUGGAGAAGAGUGUUUCCUGUUAGGCUCAUAUGAAGAGUCUGUUGAGUUGUGGAAGCAGACGCUACAAGAAACCCAAGAGAAAGGAGGAAGAAGGACAUGUUUUCUUCAGACACGCUAUUAUCUUUCUCUCUUAUACUGCUACCUCUAUAGUUACAAUUUAAAUGAUGCUCAAGGAUUGUGUGAUCUGCUAGUAAGGGAAAUACUGAGAUGGUCCCAACUACCUGUAAAAGAACACGAUGAUUGUCCAGUUCCUGGGACGUCUCACUCUGAGUUUGGAAUGGCUGGGCGCGUGCAUCCUGAGGCGGCACUCGGAGUUGUCCAGGCCAUGGCUCGCUUCAUGACUGCCUAUUUCACCAACCAGCUGCUUUGCAUUUUGCCACCUCACAAUGUGAAUAUUCUUCCUCCACUGCAUACGAAAGCAGAUCAGUCCCUUCGGUUUAUUCCUCUGCAACACUCUAAGGUGGCAAGUGCUGUUAGAGAUCAGAAUCUCUCCAAUGUGUGGACCGUUGAAUAUGCCCUUGAAUUACUAUUUAUUGGUGGCCUGAUUCCAGAGGCGGUAUGGUUGGCACAUAAACUUGGAGACUGGAAGACAUCUGUUUCAAUUGGUGUAGCUUUCCAAUUUUUCUGUAAACGUGAUAGCAGUUUCAAGAGGUCUAAAAAAAAGGGUCUGAAUCUCCCAUUAAAUAUGGCUCCAGCACAGAUUUUCCAGGAAAAAUUGCAAUGUUUUUUGGGUCAGCCAGCCUCUGUGGAAACAAGAAAUGAAAUCCACUCAAAAUGUAAACAGUUUACAGAUCCCAUUGAAGAGGAAGAUGCAAACCUGCUGUUUGGUUCAGUGCAGGAGGUACUGAAGGCCUCAGUUAUGGCUGAUGCAGAUAUUCUCUCAGGGUCAUUUCAGCUUCUGAUGGACUCUGCCAAGGACUUCAGCAGGAGGCUGUGGGGCUUGGUGCCAGUCGGCUUGUAUCUUCCAGCUCCGCCAUUGUACUGUCCCCAGCCAGCUGUUCUUAGUGAAGAAGAUGGUGAUGAUCUUCUUCUAAAAGCUGAAAAAGAUAAUCGCCAAAAGGUGUCUGGAAUCCUUCAGCGUGUUCUCCUACUUUUCCGAGCUGCUCACUGUUCAGUCCCUGUGGCGCAGUGGUAUAUCUUGCAGUUGAGGUGGGCACGAAAAGUCAUGCAGAAGAUUCGAAUGAAAGGGUCCCUACCUUCAUUGAGUCCUUUCCCUCAGUCCUUGCUUAAUUACUGUAAAGGAGGAAUAGCGUUCUUUAGACCAGGAGCAACUGGAGACCACAAGCUUGAUGACGUUUCUACCAAAGCAAUAGGUUGUUUCAGAGAACUUUGUGCUUUGUGUUGGAUGCUGCAUGUCCGUGACAAGUUAUCCUUUAGUUGCAGACAGUUUCAGAAAGCAAGAGAAAAUGUGAAAGGAGGAAAGGACCUUGAAGUGGAGUUUGAUUCUUGUAUGGUUGAGCACUGUCUCAGUGCAGUGGACUGGGCAUAUAGAAUGCUGCCGUUCUCUCGUUUUUUUAAUAUUGAGGAACUUAUUCAGGAUAUAAUUUUGAGCCUUCUUGGAGAAUUGCCACCAAUCAGAAAGGUAGCUGAAAUAUUUGUGAAAGCCUUUCCCAAUCCUGAGGACAUAAGGGUUCCCUUAAGAGAAAAAUACCAUUCUCUUCAACAGAGACUCAGGCACUACGUUGUAAAAGGGCCCCAGACGGAGGAGAUGAUGUCUGUCAUCAUGCAUUCUGUCCAUAAAGUGAGGGUGAAAGCCCUAAAACGAGUACAGAGAAAUAUAGGUCCUUUUGAGAUGAAUAUAUGGGAACCAGCUGAAGAAGAAAAACCGGAAGAGACUGUAGGCUUUGACAGGUUUUCCCUGGGGACCAGCCUCAGCAGAAGCACACUUACAGAACUGGGUAGUUCUGUGGCUCAGAGUGAUGCAGACACAGCAGAGACGUGCUCUGAAGCUUUGUCUAUUGAAGGAAAAAACAGGAUGCAUUUUUCUCAGAGAAAUGCCUCCAGUCACAGGAAAUUAACAUUGACUGGUAAGCCUGGUGAUAAAAAGAAAACAAAUGAUCAGAAAGAAAACCCUAAAAGGAAAGAAGAUCAUGAAAAGUUACCACAAAAUGCGCUUCCUAUAAUAGGUGUUUGGGAAUUUGAACGUGAUGAUGAUGAAUAUAUUAAAUUCCUUGAUCUUUUCUUGAGUUAUGUUCUUGAAAGAGACCUACUUAGUUCCAGGAAUCCUAGCAUUCCAUUUCUCACCAGCUUUUCUGGACAACUUAGAGAACACGAACUGAAUUCUUUACUUUUUGAUGUACAUACAACUUUAAAACGACGUCAGGGCAAAACCAAGAGCCAAAGUGUGUUUAGAGCUGGAUCUUGCUUUGUUAUUAUUCCUGAGUGUCAUGAUUCUGAGAAAUCGUCCUCGUUAAAUGAUGAAGGUGCCAUCAAUCUAGAAAACCAGGCACUUUCAACUUCAAUACUGGGUAAUCAAAGGAUCAGGCCUUUUUUAGAGAACUCUUUAAAUGAAGUCAGUAAAAAUGAAAGGAAGAAUGGAUUAUUUGGUUUAAAACAAAAGCCAAUAUACAGAAUGCAAGCUGAUAAUCGAGAGAAACCUCAGAUCCAGAGAUCAUCACACCUAGUUCAGGCUCCUGAGUCCACCAAAACUAAAAGAUACCUUUUCAGAGCAAUUCACUGUGGUGAUAUUAACCCUCAAGAAGACCUUCCUCUAGUGGUAGAUGACACAUUUGGCCGUAUAGGAAGAUUGCUGGAGUGGAUGAUAAGAUGGUCUGACAGACGACUGCUCUGUGAUUCUGGUAUGACUGAGUCAGCCUGUGGGUACAACCCAGUAAUUCGUGUAAGGACCUCUUCAGCAGCCAUUCUUACUUCAUUAUGGCUUUUGGAGCAGCCUUAUUUUGCUACAUACAAGGCAAAAAAGGCCAUUAUUAAGGUGCUAGAGAAUCAUUCCACUGGGUCUCAGACUGGACCCGGUACUGAGAGGAAGCUUGAAACAGAUGGUGGCUGUUCAGUUGCAGCAGCUCGAGGUGGCACUGAGCAAACAAAUGAUCAGAAGCAGUCUUGUCAAAGUAUCUUGAAAAAUCUGACUGAAGCAGAAAACCCUGAAAUAAAACAAACAAGUGAUGAGUUUAUUCCUAUGACUCCUAACUCUGAAGAAGAACACGUAUAUAUCAGUGAGGAUGUAUUAGGAGUGGAAGCAUUUACACAAGAGGAAAUGGAUGUUCACUUAUCAGACUAUGAAGAAGAUGCCAAAGAACCUGAAGGAAGUCUCAGAAAUUCCAACAUUGCCAUUUGCGUGCCGAAUUUGCCACAGAAAUUAGAAGAACAUUUCACAAAAGUGGCCCAGUUUCCAAGGGAAGAACCAUUGGAAACAAAUAAGGAGAACAAACCAGCUGAACUAGAAAGCAUGAUCGAAGCCCUCUCAAACCCUGAACAUGCCAUUUCUCCAUGUUUCAGUGCAGAUACAAAUUCAGAAAUGUCUAGCGCACAGAUUUCUGCAUUUAAAGAUAAGUCUUGCCCAUUUCCACCUCUGGUACCAAGUGGAGUCAGUGUUGCUUCAGAAACACCUGUUCCAGUUCCUCAGAAGACACAGCAGAAUGAACACACUGUUCAGUUACCGGAUUCUUCAGAUUCUGUUAGGCAGAUGCUCCAGGAUGAAAUGUUUAAAUUAGUUCAGCUGCAACAGAUCAACUUCAUGAGCUUAAUGCAAAUAGUAGGAUCAUCCUUUGCUAACCUACCAGAUAUACAUCAACUUCUACAGCAGUCUCAGUCUGUGCAUUUCCGGGGAAGCCAAGUAUUGAACCCCACAAACGGGAGUGGUUGUGUUGAAGAGAACAGUAGAAAUCUUAAGGAGAGGAUUUUUAUUAAGCCACAAUUCAUGGGAGAGUACAACAGAGAGCCUGGCAGGGACAGCCCACACUGCCAAGAAGGAGUUACCCAAUCUGAUCAGCAAAGCAAUGGGAAUGUACAGAAUGUUCCACAAGGGAGUAUUCCUUCACAUCAUUUAGGCAGCCAAUCCCAGAAGAGAAAACUGACUCCAGCAUCUGAAAGCUUACCACCCACUGGGUUUCCUCUAGCCGCUGCUGGAAAUACUCACCUGUACCUUUUGUCCACACCUUCUGUUCUUCAGAAGACGCCUAGACUCAUCCCACUUGCAAAAUCUUUUAGUCCAGGUGAUGGUUUUCCUUUGCUUCAGUUUCAGCCUAAGCAAGAGUUCAAGCCCCUUUGUUUACAUACAGGAAGAGUUCCACCAGUUCCUUUCAGGCCUCUGGCCCAACCACGAGAGGCUUGGGGAUUCUCCAAAUCUUCCCAGCCUCCUCUGCCCCAGAGAGUAGUGCACACUACUGCAGUAUCUCAUGUGAAUGGAAGCCAGCACAAUAUGGAAGCCAUAACGGAAGCUGCUGAGCAGAAGAAAUGGGCAGAAACUGUGAUUACAGAGAUCCCUAAGCAUGUGAACCUGGGUCAGGAUGUUGGACUAGAAAACUUGACACCUCAACAGGACUCUUCAGUAUUUGCAGAUCCAGAAAAAAUACUUAAUAUUAAAUCUGGGCCCCUGGAGAUACCUCCUCAGAAUUCCCUUGGACUUCCCUUAUUACACCUGCAACUUAAACCUCCUUUGAUAGUUCCACCGGCCUCAAGAGCAUCAGUUACAGUUCCUGCAGUACCCAUCAGAGCUGUUGCAGAAGAAAGAAAACACUCAGGACUGUCAUUACUUCAUUCCCGUCUAUCUCCAGAAACUAUGUGUAAGAAGCCACAACUUAUCCCACUUGAAAACCUCCUUGCCUUUAAAAAAAGCCAGCAGAAACUGACGCAUAGUUUAUUUGAACAAGGUGAUUCUGCACACCUGCAGCUUCUGAAGGCUGAAAUUGAAUCAUCUGAAGUAAGACAAGUAAAAGACAGUAAAAAAAGGCAAAGACGUCGAGCUGUGAAAGAGCUGCAAGCGAAAAGAUCCGAGAAAUUAAAAAGAAAAUCUGGUGUCACUUUCCGGCCAGAGGAUUCUAUCAUUAAUAGUGAUGAUCCCGAAGUUGUUAUGAAACUCAAGGAACCACAGGAACAUCUUGCUCCUCAGCCUUUGGAAGAUUUUGACAUUCCUUUUGAAAUGCUACAAGAUGAUGUUACUACUUCAGCUGGACUGCAUUUCAUGGCUUCUGUAAGAAAGAAAGCUAUAGGAAGUCAUGAUGCAAGUACAAAUACAGACCCAGUUCCUAAUUUAUUACAAGACAAGGAAGCCACUUCUCAACUAGCUGUUUCUGAAUGUGGGAAAAAUCAACAAAUCAUUUCUUCCUCUCCAGAACAUCAGCCUUUGGAAGUUCCUCAGCAGUUGGUUCCAGAUGUAUGUCUAAACCUCAGACUUUCCACAGAAAUACCAGAGAAAGCUUUAUCGCCUUCAGCACUUCCUACGACUGGCCGCUCUUACAUAAAGGUGAUUGACAUUCAAGCUGAUGAUCCGCAGGAAUCACCUGUUGCAGAAGAGUCUCCCCCUGACGGUGUUAGCAGACCGCAGAGCGACCACAGGGAAGCCCCGUCAUCUGCAGAGUUACAUUAUCUGGCUGCUUCAAUUACUAAUGCUAUUCCCCCACACAAGUUUAACAGUCAAGACUGUUCCAGUUCUGCUGUGGAUUUACCUAAACCUGCUAAAGGGACUCUAGCCUGUCUGGAAGGAAAAAGUUGGAGAGCAGGCAUUUCAGAAGUGGAGGAGCCUGAAGUUUGCUCACCUGUGCCACCAGUCAUGCUGCAGGACAGAGAUCUGCCCACACCAGAGUUCCAGUUCAAAGACCAGAGCAUGGAGUUGGACUCUACAGAAGGUUAUCUGCUGUGGAGGCUCCCGCGGGACAUCUCUGCACCUCGCCCUGCCCCAAGCCCUGCCGCUUGCCGCCUAGAACGUCUCACCUCUAAGCUUCAGGAGAUUGACCAACAGCUGCUAGCAAUACAGAACAUCGCUGAAAACAUAGAGCAGGAUUUCCCCAGCCCCGAAAUGCUGAACCUGCCUAGUAGUAAGUUUGGACAGGUGGAUCAUGAGGAACUGUCUCCUGGCUCUGAAAUUGAAAAACCAUUAGCUUCAAAAACCAUCAGCAUUUCUGAAGAAGUGCAUGUCCUGACUCAUAUGGAUGGGGAAGAUCAGAGUGACAAGAUUUCAGAAGCUGAAUUUUCAGUAACAGAAAAUCAUUCUCAUCAGAAAACCUGUGUAUUUCCUUCUGCUGAUUCAGCCGUCAGCCUUUCCAGUGGCCAGAAUACUGCUUCUCCUGGCAGAGUGGACAGUGAGAGAGAGACAGACAGAGAGAAAGGUGUGAAUAACAGUGAUGAAUUAUUUGAAAGUGCUUCCGUUGAUGCGCUCCAGAUGGCCGGCCUGACUGACAUUGCAGACAUUAUUGAUGAUCUGAUAACCGGCGGUGGAGUUUCCAGUGAAGAGCUUGGCUUAACAGAACAACAAGCUAAGAGUAUCUCCAGGAUUCAGCGUUGCUCUGGCAGGGGUCCACAAAGAACUGAGAGAGAGAGGAGAGAGAUUCAAGUGUGGAUGAAAAGAAAGCGGAAAGAAAGAAUGGCGGAGUACUUACAUCAGCUGGCAGAAAAGAGAGGGCAAGAACAUGAGCCUUUCUGCCCCAGAAGCAAUCCGUUUUAUAUGACUUCAAGGGAAAUCCGGCUGAGACAAAAGAUGAAGCAUGAAAAAGACAGAUUGCUGCUGUGUGACCACUACAGUCGUCGAAUCUCACAGGCGUACAGUCUAAUGAAUGAACUGUUAUCUGAAUCAGCUCAACUACCAGGACCCACACAGAAACCAUUGCCUUCCAAACCCAGCACUGUUCAGUCUCCCAGAUGGCAACACUGCCCUUCUCCAAGAAGAGAGACUCAACAUGGUCACAAUUGUCCAGUAAAUCGGCCUGGAAAAGCCAGAUACACAAGGAAGCCAAGUUGUACCAAUAAGGGGCAACCAUUUGGGCAACCUCAAAGCUUACCUUGGCCACAUGGAACUACCACUUUCACCAUACAGAGAAAAGCUGGUGGAGCCAGAGUGGCAGGAAAAAAGGCUGUGAGGUCUCCGGUUACCUUCCGAACAGGUUCUAAUGAUCCAUGUCAUAGUCGGCAACAUACAAAAAAACAAGGAAGUGCUGGGCUUGUGCCUCACACAAAGCAGGUGUGUAUAGAGUAUGAGAGAGAGGAGACCGUGGUGAGUCCCUGGACAUUACCCUCAGAAAUCCAUGAGAUUCUUCAGAGGAGGCACAGUUUCCUUUCACAAGACUUGUCGUCGACUGAAGAGGCAGAGCCGGAGCUCCCCGCUGGGCUGAGCGGCACGGACAGCGCCUCUGAGAGCACCGGCAGCGUCCUCAGCAAGCUCGACUGGAACGCCGUCGCGGACAUGGUUGCCGGCGUGGAGGAGGAGGGCCUGGCUGUCCACUGGGCCCCAGACUUGUGAGGAUGGGCGGGCCAGCAUCUCAGUGAUGUGAUGCUAAGAGAUUUGGGGGUUUAAGGGAGAGCAGCAAUGAAGGAAGCAACAAGAAUUUGCCACCGACAGCCAUUAGCUACUUCAAAAGGGAUAAUAAACAUUUCUCAAUAAUUUUGCCUAUACAGGAAAAGCAAAGGUUAACUCAAGACAUUGUGUGUUUUUUCAUUUGACUUGUCUUUAGAUAUAAUUUUAAAAAUAAAUAGCUUUCAUGCCAAGU